UAUCACUUGCUAAUCCUGAUAAAAAAUUCUAAAAUGGAAAUAUAAGACAUGAACAAAAGCAACAUUUUGUUUUGUCCUGCAUGUUACUGAGAUUUGAACACUAACGGCAAACAUAUUUUACUAUCAUUAGGCAGUGUGAUUAAACGAGAAGCUUGGUAGGUGAAUGAAUAAGUACAAGGCCUACGCAAACAGUGAGAUAAAGCUGAGUUAACCCAGCCCAAAUGUUCUCAUUCCUGCCUACUGAGAGGGCAAUAUGGUGCAAGGAGUGGUUAUAGGAGGCAGUGUUUUAAAUCUGUAAAAGUGUAGCCUUAGAAGAGUGUUGUUUGGCCCGUGGAAAGAUUUGGCUAACCGGUAAGGUCCUCUCAUCUUGAAGAGCCUUGCAUUAGUUUUGCUGAGGUGCUAAGAACAGGAACACAAUGAAAUUCAAACACCUGACUGGUUAAUGUCUAUUCGGAAAAGAAUUACUGGCAACCUUAAAAUCAGAUCUUCUAAAUCAUUUGCUAACUCAUCUAAAGAGACAUGGGCUUCUGGAUUUUCUUACCCAUCAGUCUCAGUGGUGUCUCAUUCAUUGGAUGCUGGACAGUGUAUGGACUAGCAUUAAGAUUCCACCACGUCUGCUCACUCAGUAAUUGGGAAUACAACAACUCAUGUCUGACCAAUGAUAAUGGAAAUUGCUGUACAGGAAAUCACAUACCCACAAUAAGUGGAAGUGGAACAAACUUUCCAGAAAAUUCCCUGUUUAGUGCUACAAUCAAUGGAGCUUCAUUUUUAUUUGUGGUCUUCAGUAUUUUCCAUCAUGCACAUAUUCUGAAGUGCAAUGUGCACACUUUCAUCAGUAAAUGUGCCAUGGUCUUUGGUUGUCUCGCUGGAGUUGGUGCCUUUAUAGCUGGAAACUGCAAUCCUGGUGAGCUUAUGUUUCUGCAUAGCCUAGGUGCUGCUUUGAGCUUCGUGUGCAUCUGCUUCUAUACGGUGCUGCUCACGUUUCUGACAAGCAGGUGUAUGUUAACUGGACUCGAGCGCUUCCUCUACCCAAUACGCAUCGUGUUCUCCAGCAUCCAGGUCACAUUGACCAUUCUCUACUGCAUCUUCUUUACUCAGAAGGAGUUCUACUACAGGCACAUCUCCGCCAUUGUUGAGUGGACCCUCAGCAUAAACCUGGAGCUCUUUGAACUCAGCUAUGUGGUGGAGUUUUACUUCUUCUCAUCUGCAAUGCUUUCAGUACUUCUCUCAAAAAGUGAUGAAAACACUUUAAUUCUGUCCUGAUGGCUGAUAUCGACCAAGCAAAUCUUAAUUUUUGUGACAUGUAAGCAUAAUUUUUUGCACAAAUUCAAGCCUCAGCCUUGGUUGGAAUUUCAUAUUUCCAGUAUUCUGUAAAUGUUAAAUAUACGCAGGCUGUAUAUUUUACAGAAUCCUCCCUCGGUAGUCAUUAUAGUCAGCUUAUUUAAUCAAAUCACAAAAUACCUCAAACACUGAAGAAUUUCGUAGAAAUAAAUUAUAUGUACACAGUGGGAUGUAAAUUUUGUUAGGACUGGAUAAAGUAUAUAUCUAAUAUUUUGAGAAGCAAGUGCAAAAAUCCAUUCUUUACACUCUGUAAUAUGUAAAUGUAAGUAAACAACUCUGUUCUCUACACAAGACAAGUGGUUACAAAACUGAAUUAAUUUAAAGACCAAUCAA